AUGAAGCAGCUGCUCGCAGUGUAUCAUAGCCUGUGGAAAAUAUCGAUGCCACUCGUGUCCUGGUAUGUGCGUCGGAAGGACCUGCAACGGCUGGUACCUCGCGCCGUCACCGACGAGCGCUUCGGUCACAGUGAGCCUCCAGAUAACUGCAUCACAGUGUGGAUCCAUGGCGCUUCAGUGGGGGAGUGUUUGUCGGCGUUGCCGCUCGUGAAAUUGGCGCUGAGUGACAAACUGGACCAAGCGUUGGCAUCGUCGACCGGCAGAGAGAAGAAUAAAGUUCGAGUGGUUCUAUCAACGACUACAACUGCAGCGCACCAAGUUGUUACGCAUCGGUUGAAAGACCAUGAAAACGCCGUCUGCGUCUUGGCCCCACUCGAUCACCAGCAGUGCGUUCAGCGAUUUUAUGAUGCCUGGCAACCUGAUGUGGGAAUCUGGAUCGAGUCAGAGAUUUGGCCGACACUGAUCACUGAAGCUGCUCGAAGAGGUAUUCGCAUUGGUCUUCUCAACGGCCGGAUGUCUUCUCAGUCGUUCCGUUUUUGGCGAUUGCCGGGGCUUAAUGAGUCUUCGAAGAGUAUCGUUGGUUUAUUCUCACUGGUACUUUGUCAAGACGAGCAGAAUCGAAAACGAUUUGAACACCUUGGUGCACAAAAUGCUCACUCCGCGCUAAAUCUUAAGUUCGGUACGACUUCUUGUCUCUAG